AUGCGGACAACUUCGGUGGGAAAACAACGGAUGGAAAGGAUGGCAUACACUAAUACAGCGGCGUUCAGUGCGUCGACGGGACCCUCGUCCGUCUUUUCGAGCGAUGAUGACCCUUACGACGCUCGCAUCCGGGAGAUAGAGGAGUACUAUGUGAAGAGUCUGUUGAACGAUGACGACGAAGAGACAGAGUUUGCGGAAGCCAUGAGCAGCGAAAGUUGGAGUUUUGGGGGAUCAUCAAAGCCGCCCUUGCGCGGGUACCAACCAUUGGGGUAUUUCAGAUCGUCAAUGCCGGCCAUUGUCGAAGUUUCUUCGGGCUCCCGGAGCCCGAAGCAGUUCAGGAAUCCAUUGGAAGUCGAUAUCAACAGAAAUCUCAUGCCAAGCGUCGAUCCACUCCCACUGACCACCGAGAACCUGCAGAGACUCACAAUUUCACCUGGUGCGGCAAAGGAAAGCAGGAAAAGUGAGCACAUCGCCAAUACCACUCGCAGCGUACCGGACUCGCAGCAACAGUUGAACAAAGAACUGUACAAGACGGAGCUUUGUGAAUCGUUCACGACAAAGGGAAAUUGCAAAUACGGCAACAGGUGCCAGUUUGCGCAUGGACUAGGCGAGUUGAAGUUCAAACAGAGAUCAACGAAUUUCAGGACCAAACCAUGUGUCAAUUGGACCAAACUGGGCUAUUGCCCUUAUGGGAAGCGUUGUUGUUUCAAACACGGCGACGACAACGAUAUUAAGGUUUAUAUGAAGGCCGAGAACGGUUUGAAGGCCUCUGCAAGCAAGAGACCAAAGAAUCUGCAUGCUAACGUUAGGGCUCUGCAAAAGAUCACAUGGUAA